AUGGUUCGGUCACACCUCUUGGACAUACCCGGCGAGUUGCGCAAUUACAUCUACAACGAGUAUCUCGGCGCCGGCCACGAAGAUGGCGAUGAGUACAUCUAUGGCUUUGAGGCAAACAAACUGAGGACAGCCGACAACAAGCCGAUCGAUCUCAGGCUGAUGCACACGUGCAAACUCAUCGCCAUCGCCCAGGAAAUGUACGGCCAUCUCCUGCGCCUUUUCACUGUCACGUCCAAAACGCUUUACUCGGAAACCCUUCGCACCAGAGCCGCACGCUGGGCUUACUUCAAUGCACAGUUCCACAACCGUACCGGUUGGCCUUCGGUGUGUGAGGCCUUGCAUAGGGAGACGGUUCGCCAGGUGGUAGGAGAACACUCGAUCCUUCUUCAUAGGUGUGUUACAACCUGCCAAGCCAUGUCAGCGUUGUAA